AUUCCUGAAAGUACUUUUAAACAUGAGCGGUACAUCAGCUGGAGUUAAGGCCAAAGUAACUAUGCUCAGAUAUGUUUAAAUUCAAUACUUACAGUCUUAUCUACCAAACUCUCUCAAUUUUCAAGAUCGUGAGAUAUACAAGAUUGGUUUCAAUGCUUUAGAUUGUAUGCGAAGAGACGGAAAACUAUGCGAUGUCACUUUGAUUGCGGAUAAUAAUCGCUUCACUGCACACAAGAUUGUAUUGGCCGCCACUAUACCAUUCUUCAAUGGAAUGUUUCUAAGUAACAUGGCAGAAUCUACCAAAAGCGAGGUCACCAUUCACGGAGUUGACGCUUGUGCUUUAGAAGCGUUCAUUGGUUAUGCUUAUACUGGCUUAGUUCAAAUCAACCCUCGUAAUGUUCAAUCAAUCUUAGUCGGUGCCAAUUUUUUGCAGCUUAAUAAUGUUCGUAACAUCUGUUGCAGAUAUAUCAGUGAAAGAUUGACUGUCGACAUAGUCUUACCGAUAAGAAAUCUCGCCCAAAGCUAUCUAUGUACAGACUUGGUAUCUGCUUGUGAGGCAUAUAUCUACAAAAAUUUCGAAGAUAUCGCACGCACAACUUCAUUUUUUAACCUUGAAGGAUGCGAAUUGAUGGAAUUACUGGAGUCAGAUGAACUGAAUGUCAGCAGUGAAGAACGCUUGUUUCAUAUAAUUAUGUCUUGGGUUGAAUUUGAAACAAAAUCCAAUUCUGAUACUGAGACGAACUCUGUUAUAUCAGAGUCUGUUAACGUAAUUGAGCUACCUGAAUAUUAUGAUAGUAAUGUGCAUUCGAUAAAACCAUCUGUUUCAAGUGAGAUUGGUCAUCGAAAUUCGUGUUGUAAUGGUUCUUUACGUUCUACACAUCAUUUUCAUAGUUGUCAUUGUUCUACACAAAUAUUCAAUAGCAAACCCCGCACUGACUUUCUUCCAUGCCUUCUUAGGCGAAUCAGACUACCUCUAAUUCCAGUUAGCUACAUUUUCUCAGUUAUUUCGCGGCAUGAUCUUAUUCGAAAGGACAUUCGUUGUAGAGAUAUUCUAGAUGAAGUACGUGAUGUACUUCUUAUGUCAUGGAAGACGUCGGAAUUCUUUAAUUGUCGACCUAGAAAAUGUCAAGAUAUUUUCGGUGUUAUUUAUGCUGUUGGUGGUUGGAAUACAGAUCUGGAAUGUCAUGGGAUUGUGGAAACUUAUCAUCCUUCACUUGGUCGUUGGGAAUUAUCAGAAAGUAUGAUAUCUAAGCGUAGUCGUAUUGGUGUGGUUGCUUUGAAUGGACUGUUAUACGCUAUUGGAGGUUUCGAUGGAAAUUCUCGCUUACGUACAACUGAAGUAUAUAAUCCAAAAACUGGAAAAUGGGCAACCGUUGCUUCAAUGAUUUGUCGACGUAGUGCUGCCGGAGCUGCUGCUUAUGAUGGAUGUUUGUAUGUUUGCGGUGGUUUUGAUGGUCAAACAUCUUUACGUACAUGUGAGAUGUAUAUUCCAGAACAAGAUACAUGGAAGUUAAUAUCAAGCUUGAAUGAACCCAGAUCCGCUGGUGGUCUUGUCGCUCUCAAUGGUCGUCUUUAUGCUAUUGGUGGACACAAUGGUUUAGCUGUUUUUUCAACAGUAGAAUGCUAUGAAAAAGGUGGAGAUUUACCUAAAACACUUUCACCAUCCUCUCGUUUUGAAACUGAUCAUCAGAAUAGUGGUAUUCGGCAAAGUCCUAUUAAUGUAUGGUAUUCAGUAGCUAACAUGUUACAUCGGCGAUGUCGACAUGGCGCAACUGCGUUUCGUGAUCGUAUAAUUGUUGCCGGUGGUUAUGAUGGUGCUUCAUUUCUACAAAGUGUUGAAAUGUUCGAUCCUACAACUGGUCCAGAUCGUAAUGGUUUACAUGGACAAUGGACUGAAAUUUCAUCUUUGUCAGUCCCUCGUUCUCGAGUCGGAUUGGCUGUAACUGCAGGUUGUUUGUAUGCAAUAGGUGGUUAUGAUGGUAGUACUCAUCUACGAACAGUUGAAUGUUUCAAAUCUCCUAUUAAACAAAAUCCCUAUGAAUUAUCAAGUACUGUUUUACAAUCAAAAUUUAAUACACUAUCUAAUUUAUUGAACAAACCUAAGAUUUCUGAUAAUUGUAGCGAUCAUGUUGAUGGUGAUGAUGACGAUAAUAAUGAUGAUGGCGUUUCCUGUAAUCAUCAUUCAUGUUCUAUGCAAUCUGAUUUUGAGUCUAUUUCUUCAUGCAACUCAACUGAAGCGGUUACAUUUGUUAGAACAACACAAAAUGGGAAAACUAUGAUGUUAGAAAAGUUAAAACCUAAGCCAAUUAGUCAUCAACCAUCUAUUCCAUCCGCUUCAGUUAAUAUCAAUUGUAAUGGUGGUACUUCCACAUUAUCUUCUGUCAUCCCAUCUUCUUCUAAUCCUUUCGCUGAUUGGCAAUGGUCAUCUGGACCUUCAUUAAUUGCACAUGAGGGAUGGGUUGGUAUAUGUGUCCUCCCUUUUGACCAAUCUUCUUCAGUCCAUUAAUUUCACAUAUUCGUAACAUUAUUAUCAGUGUAGAAAACAUAACUCUGCUUUGUUUUACAAAUAUGUAAAUCCGUCGUUUUUUUUCAUUUUGGUGGAAAAAAGAUGUUUCACGUUCCAUAACUGUUCUGUUGAAGUUAAUAUUUCAAUUGCAUACUGUAUAUACCUUAUUUAUUAAUCUAUUUAUUAUGCGGAGACACAUUUGUACUGAUAAUCUGUCGUUACAUGUGACUAUGUAACUAAUUGAUAUAUUUCUGUUUCGUUUGUAUAGAUUGUUUUCUGACAUUAAUUUAUACUUAUACUCAUUUAUAUUCUCUAGCUUUCUUUCAUGUGUAUAUGAUUUCAGUUAAAUAUUUUAUUAUCUCUAUGUAAAUAUCCUUAUCGUAUCUUUUUUUGUAGAUUUUGCAUUUCUCACUUUCUUUUUUUUGUUGUCUUACACGAUGGUUCAAUUAUGUGCAUUUGUUUCUUACUACGAUAAUUGAAUCCCCUUUUUUUAAAUAUAAAAAUAAAAACAUCUUUAUGAUGACAAUUGUUUCUUAAACAGAAAUGUCUGCAAUUGGUUGAAUAUUAAAAAAGAACUUGAUAAAAUUAUAUUGAUUUUGCACAAUCAAAUUGAUUUACGUUUCCCCCAUCUCCCUGAUCGUUGUUAUUUUAUAUUGAAACCUGUUAUUAUCCUGGGUUUUUUUGAAACUAGUUUAGCAACUAAAAUAAAUAUAUUUCCAAAAAUA